CGGGGGGGGGAGCUGAUUGGCUGGCGACCACCCCGGGGUUGUCAUGGCGACGGGAUGCGGAGGGGAGGGGGGAGGAGGAGGAGGAGGAGGAGGCGGCGACGUCCGAGGGAGGAAGGAGGAAGGCUGCUGCAGUUUCAGUCUCCAGUCUGGGAAUUGGAUACUGGAGCCACUGGUGCUGACAAGAAGCUCCCCCCCCCCUCCUGCAUCCAUGGCAUUUGCUCCUCCCAGGAACACGGAUGGCUCCAAGCUGCAGAUCAAGAUGAGCUCGUGGACCCCUCUGAACCAUCAGCUCAUGAACGACAAGGUAUUUGAAGAAAGAAGAGCCCUCCUUGGAAAAUGGUUUGACAAGUGGACAGAUGGGCAGAGGAGGAGGAUCCUGGUGGACCUGCUGGAACGCUGCUCCCUGGCACAGCAAAAAUUCUGCUCCAGGCAGCUCCAGGACCGAAUUCCCACCGAGGCCGUGGAUUUCACCACGAGGCUUCCUCGAGUCCUGUCCUUGUACAUCUUCUCCUUCCUGGACCCACGGAGCCUCUGUCGCUGUGCACAGGUGAGCUGGUACUGGAAGUACUUGUCUGAGCUGGAUCAGCUCUGGAUGCUGAAGUGUCUCCGUUUUGGCUGGUACAUCAACUUCUGCCCAACGCCCUUCGAGCAGGGAAUCUGGAAGAGACAUUACAUUGAGAUGGUGAGAGAGCUGUGGAUCACCAGGCCAGAGCCUCUUCCCAAGGAGGAGUUCGCCGUUGUCGACGUGCAGCCCGUCGGAAGCGACGCCCCGGAGGCAAAACUUCCCGCGCGCGGGAGGAGGAGAACCAAGGAGAAGAAAGAGCUCCCCCCUUGGCGCUCGUCCGACAGACACCCCACGGACACCGUCCGCUACAACUACCUGGACAACUGGGACCCCAUCGAGCAGGCGAGGCAGGCGAGAAGGAAGGGAGGAGGGAAGACCCCAGACCUGAGCCGACAGGCAGCCGAGAGGAAAAGGAGAGCGGGACGUGGAUCCAACCAGCUCCAGAAGGAGAAAUCCCUGAUAUGGCUCCCUGCAGAUCCUGAGUGUCUUCCAAAGCCGCCAGCUCGUCCCAGCUGGGCUGCCCAUCGCUCCGCUGGGAACCUGCCCCCCAAGGCAGCGGCAAAGGCCCUGGCCCAGAGCUCCCAGUGGAACGCCGGGAUACGACCGGCACCUGUCCGAGCUCCGGGACCAAACCCACGUGGGAGAGGGACUGGAGAUGUCACCAGGAUGGAGAGCAGAGCUCCAUCAUCUCCAGUGUUCGAGGCUCAGCCCUGGCACAUUCCUGCAUCCAGCCAAGGAUCCGACUCGGAAUGAGGGAGGAUCCAGAGUGUCCUUCAUCCAGGCUGGACAGAAGCUUCUCUUCCUGGCAGUGGGAAAACAAAAUGUUGCUGCUGGUCUUCGGGAUCUCGACCUGGUUUCCCGUUGCUGGUGCCUUAUCCUCUUUUCCUUCUGGAUGCGUCACCUCUGAAGUGUUCACUUGGAAUUUUGACCGUGGAGACACUUGCUUGGAUCCUUUCUAGGGCUGCUGGACCUCCUGUGAGCUUUUCUACGGAUCAUUUGGACAAAUCUUAGGGCACAUCCCACAGCCUGAGCUGCUCUGUGAUGCUUUGCCAGGGAAUCACAGGAGUUGAUUCUGGCUCUGUGGGCACCGAUGGGAUUCUGGAAGAUGAGGGAUGACUUCCAGCCAUUGGAAUGAUAAAAAUUCCACCCUCCCUACAAAUUGAGUGCUUUACCACCAGUACUACCAUGAUACUUCAGCUGUGACCUCCAGCUCCUGCCAAAUCAGCUGGAAAGCACCAGGCUGGGCAAGGGAAGAGCAUGGAAGAAAGGAGAAUCAAGGAAAAUGCUCCAAGAAAAACCCAGUUGGGGUCGUGCUGGAAACAGAAUUUCUCCCUUGUGUUGAACAAGGCAAAUCUUUUCAAUCGUGUCAGUGAGAAGGAAAUCAAAUCCCACACUCUGGAUGGCAGCACACGGAUCCGUGUGGGGAGCUGGCACUUGUUAUUUAGGAGGAUGUAAAUCAUGGGCUGUUACUGGUUUUUUUCUGGGAUCAAGGAAUUUCCCAGUAAAUUCAACAAAUAGCAGUUUUUAAGGAUGAGGGGAUUGAAUGCUCAGCAACUGUAACUCAUUGCCUGGUCAUAUCCCAGAGCAAGAGAGUUGGGAUAAAACUGAACCUUUCCAGGUGUUGGGAAGAGUCACAGCACGCCCAGGAAUCCUCAACAUUUCACAUUCCAGAGGGAAUGCCAAAAUCCCAGAAUCAUUAAGGCUGGAAAAGACCUUUAAGAUCAUCAAGUCCAACCAUCAACCAGCACCUCCUCAAUGUUCACCCUUAAACCAUGUCCCCAGGUGCCACGUCCUUGUGUUUUUGAAGACUUCCAGGGAUGGGGACUGUUCCAGUGCUUUACAACCCUUCCCAUGAAGAAAGUGUUCCCAAAAUUGCUCCAAAUCAUUGAUGAGGCAACUCAGUGAGUCUCCCUCUCCCAGACUUCGGUGUUUCCUUUUCCCAGUUGUCCUGGAUGCUUGGAAGGACGAGUUCAUCUCAAAAAACACGACGGCCUAAGAACUGAUAAGCCUGAGCUGUCACCUCUCAAAGGAUCAGCUGAACUAGGAACUUGCAGAUGGGAAUUAUCUCACGGAUUUUAGGAUCUGUUGAUUAUCUGUUGACUAAUGAAUUUUGUUUCGGAAGGGCCAACUGUUGAGCAAUUGAAGUGAGAUGGGGCAAAUCCCAUCCAAAACAUUCAUCAGCAUCAUUCCCAAAUCUCUCCUCACAAGCCUUUUUUUUUUGAUUUCCCAGGAAACCAAGGUAGAGGGAUUGCUCCAUGGGUGCUUUUCUUGGCUUCUUAAGGAGCUGUUCCAGCUCUUUUUCUGGUCUCCAUGAGGCAGCAGUUGAUCCACAAACAGCAAAAACCUACUCAAGGAAAGGAUGUAACCCUGCAGCAAUGCUUUUCCUUUCUCAUCAGUGACCACAUUCCCUGGAAUCAUCCAGCUCCCAGAGCCCUGGAGGUGAGUCCUGGACAUCACCGUGCCUUUGCUGCAGCAGAUCAUGUGUCUUAAGUGCUCACUGUACAUUUUCAACCUCAAACCUUCCCUGAUUUAUAAAGUUUUUGUAGUUCUGAGGCCGUAAAAUAACAAACAGGGAUGUGCCAAGCCAAGGAGAUUAUCCCUGGAAUAACGGCAGAGCUGCACAACGCCCUGGUGGGAUCCUAUUAAUCAGAAUUAAAUCACAUAUACUUGAAAUAUGUCGUGUGGAAUGUACUGUGUGCAAGGUAAACACACCUUAACGUCAUU